AUGUCCUCUCCAAACCGGAACCAGAUCUCCAUUACAUCGGAGGUAGUACAGCCCACAAACCCUCCAAGCCACCACCCUCACGUGAUUAAUCAACCUCCUUCCCAUCAACCUACUAAUCAACCACCCUUGUUUCCACCUCACGCUUUUGUACAACCUCCUGCUCCUAAUCACCCACUCCCGUUUCCACCUCACGCUUAUGUACAACCUCCCUCCUACUGGUAUCAUCCUCCUGGUUUAUCGUACCCUCAGAGUCAACCACCUCCAGGCCUUGGCGUAGGAGGCCCUACUGGGCUUCCGGAUCACCCAGUUCCGUCAAUGCCUCCCCCUCAUUGGACCCACCCACCUUACCCUCAACAUUCGCCUUAUGGAAUCCCUUAUCAUCAUCAAACAUCUUACCCUCAGAUCAAUCAAAACCCGUACCCUUUAAUGCCUUUCAUGUAUCCCACUGGCCCCCAACAGUCCUUAACCAAUGUCAUCAACUCAGCCCACACAUCAACCGAUACAUCGAACUCCGCCGAAACGUUCAUCAGCUCAGAUUCAAUUGCAAACACCACACUUGUUACUACGUCUACGUCUGUACCUUCUGACCCCACAGAACCCACCGCUUCCGUCAACGAAGUCAACAUGGAGGAUGUGGUACUCGAGGACACUGAAGAGGUUUUGGUUCAAAACGACGAAGUCAUCCUUGCAGAUGAACGAGACGAGGACUGGCCCCCCAUCGGUAUGUUCAAACUAAACAUUAAUGACUCAAACAUUAGGCUAACUGAACUGUAA